CACAGAUAUCUUAAGUUUUCUCAGCCAUGGCAUCGGCAAGCAGCACAUUUGAGGAUGCAUUCCCAAGGUCGAGAUGAGCGGGGUCGAUAAACUGAAUUCGCAACACAGCGAUGCCCUCACCCGCGCAGUUCUCCGACUUCUCGACACGGACCUCGCGGCGCAGACAUACAGCCAAAUCAUCGAUGGUGUCCCCCUCUGCGACGUUGUCCGGGGCCAACAGGCCCAUCGAGUUAUUCUAGGCCAUCCGCUCGAGAACCACGUUACUCUUUGUCCAGGUGUGGUCAACACCGCCAGGCAGUUCAGAGCAAAUUUCAGCAUCGGGACGUUGAAGUUCGAUACAAAGCUACUAGAAGCAUUCCAAGCAGCGGCUCCGGACUCGCGCGCAUUUCAGCUCCGCCUCAUCGAGCUCGCGGCUGUGGCUGUCCACCAGAUUGCCGUUCUGUACAAGCAGGACAUACGACUCCAUGACCAGCACAUCACGAACCCCAGGGAUUCGGUCGACCAGCUAACGUGGUGGCGGCGAAAGGAUGAUGAUGAUGACAACCAAGACUCCAUAUUCAAGUUUCAUCCAGUCCCACCCUGGCCAACGCACUUCACGCACCCCCAAUACUGCUACCAUGACCAAUAUCCCAAUGGUCUCGCCGACACCCCGUGGAACACGCCAGUCGCCGACGUCCUUCCGUCUCCCGAGCCCAACCUCUACUUGCACUCGGCCCGGAAAGGCUUCACGUUUCGCCUCUGGCAGGUCAAGGACGAGGAACAACGAGCCCUGUUGGACUUACUACUCUCACCGGCGCCUGCAUCUUCCUCCGAGUAUCAGCCGACAAACGGGCCUCUGCCCCUCCUCCCCACACUGGAUCACAGAGUACGCAUUGAUUCUCAUUAUGCCAUGUAUCGCCACAAGGUCUACAGGGAUAUCUGGGAGCGCCCGGAGCCCACCGACGAGGAUUGCUACUUUUGGGAUCGCCGGCCACGGAGCUCACUUGAUUACCCCGAGGUGGAGGAUCGCAUGAAGGAGAUUCGGGAAAAAGGCUGGUGAGCUUUGAUGUUGAAGCAAGGUGGAUGCCUUGAUUGGGGAUCACCUCAAUCUUAUUCUGUAGCGGUGCCACACUUCACAAGCCUCGUUGGUACCAGUCGCAUC